ACUGCCGGAGUUGGUAGCCAAUUAGAAGACGCCUUCCGGAAGACAGGAACAGGCGAGAAGUCGGAGUUGUGUUUAUUUGGGAAAUCUGGAGAUGCGGCUGUUCCUAGAGAACUUGCGGCUGCCUCCCGCGUGCACACCUGUGUGUGUGCAUCACACACACCCGUAUCACAAGCGCGUGCAAUGCACAGCUCCCUCUCCGCCAGCAUGAGCCCAAUGCCCCACUGCCAUUCCGUGUCGGAGCAAGAGGAGGGCAUGCCAAGCGAAUGCGAGCGAGUGGGCAGCUCCAAUUCUCCUUGGCAUCCGUAGCCAACAGUGAGCCGGAGCGUGAUGCAGUCUUAACCCUCCCAGACAGGCAAACUAGCGCGUACCACGGAAAUGCACGUAGGCCUUCGCCUCCGUCACUCCAACUGUGGAAUGUACUGCAGAUGCCGAUCUCCGGUGAGCAAGCGGGAUGGAGCUGCGGACUGGAGACCAGGGUUCGCCUUCCCAGACUGGGCCUACAAGCCCGAGUCCAGUCCCGGCUCGCGGCAGAUCCAGCUGUGGCACUUCAUCCUGGAGCUGCUGCGCAAAGAGGAGUAUCAUGACGUCAUCGCCUGGCAGGGGGACUAUGGCGAAUUCGUCAUCAAGGACCCAGACGAGGUGGCCCGGCUCUGGGGGGUGAGGAAAUGCAAACCCCAGAUGAAUUACGACAAGCUGAGCAGGGCCCUGAGAUACUACUACAACAAGCGGAUCCUACACAAGACCAAGGGCAAACGUUUCACAUACAAAUUCAACUUCAACAAGUUGGUGCUGGUGAACUACCCUUUCAUUGACAUGGGCAUGGCAGGUGGGGCGGUGCCCCAGAGCGCCCCACCGGUGCCCUCGGGUGGCUCCCACUUCCGGUUUCCGCCCUCCACACCAUCCGAUGUGCUGUCACCUGCCGAAGAUCUGCGCUCUCCCGGGGUGUUCUCUGCGGUGGCUCGCCGGUUGGCCCGCGGCUCUGUCAGUGACUGCAGUGACGGCACCUCUGCCAACUCAGAAGUGGAGGAGUCCUUGGCAGAGGAGCAGAGGCGUAGUGGAGGAGAGGCAGGUGGCUUCCGGGGACCCCCAGUGCCUGGCCAUCCCCGCUUGACCCACGACAGCCUCUUCCGGGUGUAUCCUCGCCCUCGGGUUCCUGAGCCCCUCAGCCCUUUCCCCGUCUCGCCCAUGGCCGGACCCGCUGCCCUCCUGCCCCCUCAGUUGUCCCCGGCCCUCCCACUCACUCCCACGCACAUGAACUACACUCCCUCCCCCACCCUCAGCCCCAUGUAUCCAGGGGGCUCCCACUUCUCCUUCAACCCCGAGGACAUGAAGCGCUACCUCCAGGCCCACACCCAGAGCGUGUACAACUACCACCUCAGUCCCCGGGCCUUCCUGCAUUACCCCAACAUUGUCAUCCCGCAACCCCAGCGCCUGGAGAAGCCUCCUCUUCCACCACCGCCUCCGCAGGCCGAGGAGCCUCCAACCCCUUUCAAGUUCAAGCUGCAGCCACCACCGCUGGGGCGGCGCAACCGUGACAAGCAGCAGUCUUUGGCCGCGUCUCCGGGCGAAUCGAGUAGCAGCCUUUCUUCGUCGUCCUCCGCCUCUACAUCGGCAACGGAGCUGCCGCCGCUCCCGCAGAUCAAGGUGGAGCCCAUUUCGGAGGGCGAAUCGGAGGAGGACCUCACCGUCGAGGUCACUGACAUCAGCGAAGAUGACGAGGAGGUCUUCAAGGCCCCUCCGGCGCCUCCCGAGAAGGCCGAGGAGGAGACGGAGGAGGGCCCUCAGGCGGCAGUGGCAGCCCCGGUUUCUCGGGCCGGAGAGAGUGGCAAAUGCAUCCCCCUCAAACUGCGCUUCAAGCGCCGUUGGAGCGAGGACCAGCGGCUGGAAGCUGGUGCUGGGGCCGAAGAAACAGAUGACAAGAAGGUAAAGGGGGAAGACGAUGCGAGCAGUCGUGCCGGAGGCCGGCGGAUCAGCACAGAGCUCCAGCGAGCCACUGCUGAACUGACCCUUGAGAAUCGGGACUCCUAGAGCUGGGACGCACAACCUCCUCCCUUCCCAGGACAAACAGACCAUUGAGCGGGGCAGGGGCAGAGGGGGCUGGUUUUGCUGCCUUAACUCAGAGAUUAUCUUUUUACCUUUCUCAAUCCCCCAACCCACCCCAGCUUCUCUUCCCUAUUUGUUCUAAGACUGUACUUUUUUCUUUUCUUUUCCCCUUCCCCUGAAAGCCAGAAAAUUUUCGGGAUGGUGAGAAUACUGAGCAGUUUUUACUUGUCUAUAUACAUAUAUAAAUAUCUAUAUAUAAACUUUGCGGGGGUGGGGGGGAUUUCUAAAAUUUAAUAUGCUGGGGCAACUUUACUUUUAAGGGUUCUCUUCUUCCUGUUCAACCCCCCCCCCCAAAUUCUUUAAGGUGUAGAGCCUCAGGGUCUCUCUUUAAAGACACAGAAAUAAGAAAGAGUUUUAAAAAUCUUCUUUAUGCCUUCAUAGGGGGUUGUGGAGGGGUGUGGUUCUUAGGUGGGUCAUCUUGAAAACCAGUAACUCCCCCCCCCCGCAAUUGGCAAACUAAGCACAAGUGCUCUGUUUAAUCUCUAAAAGAGAAUUAGCCAUAUAUUCACGCCCAUCUCACCCACCCAUCCGAAUAGCACUAUGAGAAAGGGGGCAGUAACUUGAUCCCCCCCUUCUGUUAACCCAGCUGCUACAGAAGUGGUUCCUUACCUUCGAAACCGAGCCACGUGGCCACGUUCUGUUCCCGCAAGAGAGGCAUUCAAGGGGUGGGGGCGGAAAGGGACAGUGCACUCCUUUUGAGUUGUGUCCCCUUCUCCCCCCCGCCCAGCCACCACUUAAAUGAUAAGUUGGUGCAUUUGUCAAUCUUUGAAAUCGAGCAGUGGCGGGCGGAGGGUCUCCUCUUCCAUCCCCACCGCACCGCCGCAACAAAAAACCCUUUCAUUAAGACAUUGCUUUAUGUAACCAAAAAAGUGGGCUUGGGCAUAGUGUGGACCCCCCUCGGGCCUGUCCCACUGUGGGGUUGGGGAGGGAGGUGGGUGGUUUGGGAUUUCAAGGGGUUUUUAAGUGCCUGUUGAAGUACUGUUUCCAAGGGAACAUAAGCAGGGAGUGGGCACUCCUUUCCCCCGCCCCUUCCCUCUGUCCGUGUCUCUCCCCCCCCCUCACCUUUUUGCUACUGUUGUCCCACAGAAACCCAUCCCUCCCUCCCUCUCACCCACCUCCCCCAAAGAAAUCAAGGCACUGUUUCACCUCCUGGUUGAAGAAUUCCUCCCGUCCCUCCCAGAGAGGAGGGUCUGGAGCCACCCGCCUCCCCACUUCUGUUUAAGAUGGAGGGCUGUGGUCGGGUCUUGCAGGGUGCUGGUGCCUUCCAGAAACAAAGCAGGGAUCCCCUCCAACCCACCCGCGUACCUCUUGGUUGUGCCCCCCAAGCCCUUACAGGCAGAUAUGCCUUUCGUUUGCAGCUGCACCCCACCCCUUCAGUGGGAAAGAAGCUUCCAGCUCCUAUAGCAGGGGAAAGAGUGGCUCCUUUGGCAUCAGGACAGAUCCCCAAAGGCAGGUUUGGGAAGGAUACCAUCAGCCCUGGGGUCUGGACCCGGUUCUUAACCUGCUGGGUUGUGGGAUGAAUGUGAAGCAGCCACGUGCUUGAGGGGUUUUUUUUAUACAGCCUUAUUCAGCUUCUUGUACAUAUUGAGGAAAUGGGGGGUGUCUCAUUUUAAGAAUGUAAAGAAAAAAAUAACCAAUAAAGAGUUUUGAAAUUUCAUGUA